UGCACAAGUUAUGAAUUUGAAUGCAAAGACAAAUCUUGUAUCCCCACAUCAAAAGUAUGCGAUGGAUAUAACGACUGUGCUUGGGGUGAAGACGAGGAGAAGGACUGUGGAUGUACAAGUUAUGAAUUUGAAUGCAAAGACAAAUCGUGCAUUCCUACAUCUAAAGUAUGCAAUGGAUAUAACGACUGUACCUGGGGUGAAGACGAAAAUGACUGUGGAUGUACAAGUUAUGAAUUUGAAUGCAAAGACAAAUCUUGUAUCCCCACAUCGAAAGUAUGCGAUGGAUAUAAUGACUGUGCUCGGGGUGAAGAAGAAAAGGACUGCGGUUGUAGAAGUUAUGAAUUUGAAUGCAAAGACAAAUCUUGUAUUCCCACAUCAAAAGUAUGCAAUGGUGUCAGCGACUGUGCUUGGGGUGAAGACGAAGCAGAAUGCGGUUGUGCGAGUUAUGAAUUUGAAUGUAAAGGCAAAUCCUGUAUUCCUACAUCAAAAGUAUGCGAUGGAUAUAGUGACUGUCCUUGGGGUGAAGACGAGAAAGACUGUGGAUGUACAAGUUAUGAGUUUGAAUGCAAAGACAAAUUAUGUAUUCCUACAUCAAAACAAUGCAAUGGAUAUAACGACUGUGCUUGGGGUGAAGACGAGGAGGACUGUGGAUGUACAAGCUAUGAAUUUAAAUGCAAAGAUAAAUCAUGUAUUCCUACAUCGAAAGUGUGCGACGGGUAUAGCGACUGCGCUCGCAGUGAAGAUGAAAAGGACUGUGAAUGUACAAGUUUUGAAUUUGAAUGCAAAGAUAAAUCAUGUGUUCCUCAAUCGAAAAUAUGCGAUGGAAAUAGUGACUGUGCUUGGGGUGAAGACGAGAAAGACUGCGGAUGUACAAGUUAUGAAUUUGAAUGCAAAGACAAAUCGUGUAUUCCUAAAUCAAAAUUAUGCGAUGGAUAUAGUGACUGUGCUUGGGGUGAAGAUGAGGCAAAAUGCGGUUGUACAAUUUAUGAAUUUGAAUGCAAAGAUAAAUUGUGUAUUCCUACAUCGAAAUUAUGCGAUGGAUAUAGUGACUGUGCUUGGGGUGAAGACGAGGCAGAAUGCGGUUGUACAAACUAUGAAUUUGAAUGCAAAGAUAAAUCAUGUAUUCCUACAUCGAAAGUAUGCGAUGGACAUAGCGACUGUGCUUGGGGAGAAGACGAGAAAGAUUGUGGAUGUACAAGUUAUGAAUUUGAAUGCAAAGAUAAAUCAUGUAUUCCUAAAUCGAAAGUAUGCGAUGGACAUAGUGACUGUGCUUGGGGUGAAGACGAGGCAGAAUGUG